AAAAAACUUAAAAAUAAUGACUUUAAUACUUAAACAAUCAAAAAACUAUAGAGUUAACGAUGAAGAUAAAAUUAAUACGUUUCAAACAUUGGUAGCAUCCAAUAGGGAUAGAAAUAAGACACAAAAUUCUAAGAGUUCACUUGACCCAAAGGACUCUAUUGAAACACAGCUUAAUCAUAGUAAAAAAAUUGUAUUUCUUACCAAAGAACAACGUGAUCAACUUAAGAAGGAAAGGGCUCUAAAGCAAUCGAAACCCGCCUCCGAGACAAAAUCCGUAGAAAAAUUAAGAGACGAAAAAAAACAGUCUUGGCAUGAAAGAAAUUCUUAUGAUUCCACAAGAUCAAUGGGUUAUACGUCGAAAGAAACAUCUUCGCGUUAUUCAGAUGAAGAUAAACUAACGAAGCGAGGCACAUGUUAUAGUCGCGACGAAGCAGACCACACCCGUUCGUAUAAAAAACGUGUAACUUUUGAAACACAAGAGGACAAUACAAAACGGAAUAAUACUGAUGUCUCUCCAAUACAAACAAAUGACUCACGACACAAUCUUUCUCGCCACAAAAAAGAAGAAUUAAAUGAAAAAUCCUAUGAAGCAGAAGAAUCUUCAAUAAAACCCUUUUAUAAUGAGACUGAAUCAUCCUUGUCACAAUUAUCUUUAUUGAAACUUCCAGAAUCUGAUAUGCUGAAAGGAGUGAACAGAAAAAUUUUGAAUCAAAUUCGAGAACACUAUUUAGGUUUACAAAGGAAGAAAAGAAAAAUUCAAAAACCUUCAGAAAAAUUUAGAAAUAUUUUUAAUUUUGAAUGGAGUGCUGCUGAAGAUACGACUCGUGGUGAUUGUAAUACCUUGUACCAAAGUCGCGUAGAGCCUCAAUUUUUAUUUGGUAGAGGUUUUAGGGCCGGCGUAGAUGUCCGGUACAAAAUUUUAAAAGCUGUACUUGGAGUGCAAACAUUCUUGUGUUUAUUCAGAGAACAACGUCGCCGAAACAAUUUUUAUGACGAAUUGGUGAAAAAACGAUCAUUGAUGGAUGGGAGUUCUAAAAAAGACGAUUCUCUUCGUAGUUAUACAGAAAAUCGAGAUGCAUUAAUCCGCGCUCGAGAUCUUGACGCGAACGAUCCAAAUCGAAAACACUGGACUGAAAAAUCCUGUGAUGAGAUGACGGAUAGAGAUUGGAGAAUUUUUAGGGAGGAUUAUGAAAUUUAUAUUAAAGGUGGACGGGUGCCUCCUCCCAUCCGUAAAUGGUCUGAAUCAGGGCUUCCUCAACAACUAUUGGAUGCAAUUAAAAAGUGUGGUUAUGAAAAACCUACUCCUAUCCAAAUGCAAGCUAUUCCAAUCAGUCUAGAACAACGGGAUCUUAUAGGCAUAGCGGAGACUGGAUCUGGAAAAACUGCUGCAUUUGUCCUUCCAAUGCUUACCUAUGUGAAAUCCCUUCCUUCAUUGACCGACGAAACCAGUCAAGAUGGCCCUUACGCUCUCGUCUUAGCCCCUUCACGAGAACUCGCUAUACAAAUUGAUGACGAAACGGCAAAAUUUUCCUCUUUUUGUUCAUGUCGUGCUGUUGCAGUUGUCGGAGGACGUUCGGCUGAAGCACAAGCGUUUGAAUUACGUCGUGGUGCUGAAAUCGUUAUUGGAACGCCUGGAAGAAUCAAAGAUUGUUUAGAGCGUUCUUACACUGUACUAAAUCAGUGCAAUUAUGUUGUUUUAGAUGAGGCAGACAGAAUGAUUGAUAUGGGUUUUGAAGACGUUGUUAAAUGGAUUUUGGACCAAAUACCGUUAUCGAAUAUGAAAUCUGAUAACGAAGAUCAAUUGUACCAGCAGGAGCUUGAAGCCAAAGCGGGCUAUCGUCAAUACCGUUUAACACAAAUGUUCUCUGCUACAAUGCCUCCCCCUGUUGAGCAGUUGGCACGCAAGUAUCUAAGACUUCCGGCCUACAUCUCAAUCGGUGAUCCAGGUGCUGGUAAACGUGCUAUAGAACAACGUCUUGAAUUUAUCAACGAAGGAAAAAAACGGCAGCGAUUACAAGAAAUUCUAGAAUCUGCAGAACCUCCUGUUAUGAUUUUUGUCAAUCAAAAAAAAGUUGUUGACGGCUUAGCCAAAACUUUAUCGAAAAUGAAUUUCCGAGUGGCUUCGUUACAUGGUGGCAAGGCUCAAGAAAUUCGUGAACAAGCUUUACAUGAUUUUAAAAAGGGUUUAGUUGAUAUAUUAGUAGCGACCGAUGUUGCUGGACGGGGUAUUGACGUUGAAGGUGUACAACUUGUUAUAAAUUUUGAUCUUCCUAAGGAUAUUGGCAGCUAUACGCAUCGUAUAGGUCGCACUGGUCGUGCUGGUCGUAAAGGUUUAGCUAUUUCUUUUUGUACUGAAGAAGAUAGCGCCUUAUUUUAUGACUUACGCUUAUUACUUCAAACAACAUGUAACGUUGUUCCUCUGGAACUAAGUAAUCAUCCUGCUUCCAAAGUAAAGCCUGGAAUGACAAAUAUGACAUCAAUGAAUUCCGGGUCUUCUGGGGGUAUUGAAAGAAGCGAUCGUCGUCCUCCCCUAUGCUAACCUUGUACUUUUAUUUUUUGUUCCCAUGGGCUCAUGCUAGGUGUAAAUGUUUUAAAAAAUAAUGCGAACCGUAAAUACUAUCAAUGUAUUCUAGUUUUUCUUUUAAACACUUAAUUUUGUCAAAAUAUUUUUUCCUGACUUAGCAUACAUUUGAAUAACAUUUUUAUUUUUUUUAA